UCUCUAUACCUUUGAGAGGUUCAUGUUUGGCUCAUUUUAGUUUCACUUCAUGUUCCUCUCUCAGUAUUUUUCCCCGUGAUAAGAAGGCAGCAAACCCUCAGCUUCCCUUUGCGCCCACUCAGUGGGGUUCCUCAAACUCCAGUGCUGCUUGCCAGUCCCAGCAGAGAAUUUAUAUGCUCUUUGUUUGUGUCUGACCACCUCCUCCUCAGCUCAGCAUCCCCAUGCUGGUGACUACAUGUGAAACCUGAAGUCACUGACUAGAGAGUGAGGUCUGGGAGAGGCCAUGAGCCCAAAAGGGGAAACCAGUCCCGGAACUACAGAUGCCCCUGCAGAGAAGAGGGGAGGCUGCCCCUGGGUCGUUCCUGUGAUCUCCAUCCUGAUCCUCAGCGUCUGUUUCAUCUCCAGCAUCCUAGUUACCUGGCACUGGGACACUAGGACAUGGCACGAAGAGCAAGAGAAACUGUCUUGGCUGCUCCGGUAUCUGAAGGAAAAAACUUGUGUCUCAGAGGGUCAGGCAGGGAAAGGGCGAGUCUGGACGUGCUGCCCCUUGGGCUGGGAGCCCUUUCAGGCCAGCUGCUACUACUUCUCUAAAGACAUCAUGAACUGGGAUGACAGUGAGAGGAACUGCACAGGGAUGGGCUCCCACCUGGUCGUGAUCAACACGGUAACUGAGCAGGAUUUCAUUUCCAAUUAUGUAAAAAGAACAGUUAUUGGCAUCCAAGUGGAAAAUUACUAUAUUGGUCUGGCUCAACAGAAGAAAGGCCAGUGGCGCUGGGUGGAUCUGACUCCAUAUAACAAGACGGCAGUGUUCUGGAUACCUGGAGAACCAAACAACCUCAUUGUGGAGAAAUGUGUUGCUGUAGAUACAUCCAAAAAGGAGAACAUGAAUUGGAAUAACUUCCCUUGUAUCGUACCAUCUCAUCGAAUUUGUGAAACUGUGGCAACAAAUAUUUGAUGAAAAAACCCAUCAUGGAUGUGAAAUCAGAGAGCGAGCCCAUCCCUCACCAUGGGCAGCUCACAGAGAGAUCAGAUUGGAGGGUUUGUAUCACUGUGUGUCUGGGGCUGUAUAAUAUGCAGGAAGGUGGAGGUGGAGGUUACCGUGCUCAGUGGCAUGAACUCACCACAAAAAAAACAUUUUGAAAAAAAAAUAUAAACUUCUGAAAAUGACUAAAGUGGAAAAACACCAGACUUCAGCCAAGCUCUGUUUAUGAUGUCACAAAACUCCCUGUGACAUCACCCAAUGAGUCCAGUGGAGAAGGUGGGUUGGGAAUGGGAGAGCCAGAGGAUUUGCCUUAAAGUGUUGAAGGGAGAGUUGCUAUUCACUGUAUUAAUUCAGCCAAUGUUGCUAAAUGUAAUAACUUUCCUUGGGCCCAACACAUCAGUCCCCAAGAAUGUGUGUGCUGUGAAUGGGAGAGUGUCUCAUCAUGUCCAUGUUGCUCUGGUGACUGCUGGGUGUAAUAAGAGAUUCAGCUUUCAGGAAAAAGAUGCAAGAGUAAAGGUCCAAAUCUCAGAGCUCUUUGUUGUUCCAACCUCACUGGAAACAUGUGUCUGUGCUUCCAGCUGAGACUGUUUAGAAGGCCACCCAGUUCAUUAGCUCUCUUCCAGAUUUAACCAGAGCAGUGGUUCCCAAACUUGUUCCGCCGCUUGUGCAGGGAAAACCCUGGCAGGUUGGGUCGGUUUGUUUACCUGCCGUGUCCGUAGGUUUGGCUGAUCGUGGCUCCCAGUGGCCGCGGUUCACUGUUCCAGGCCAAUGGGAGCUGCUGGAAGUGGCGUGGGCCAAGGGACGUACUGGCCGCCACUUCCAGCAGCUCCCAUUGGCCUAGAACAGUGAACCGCGGCCAGUGGGAGCCACGAUCGGCUGAACCUGUAGAUGUGGCAGGUAAAGAAACUGGCCCGGCCUGCCAGGGGCUUUCCCUGCACAAGCGGCAGAACAAGUUUAGGAACCACUGCCCCAGAGAAAGGACAGGGUUUCAAUCAAGAGACUGAUCCUAGACCAAAUCUCCUAGAAAUGGAAAGGAUCUAUAAGCCCAGUUCUUUCCCACUGCCCAGGAGCUAGUGCUGGAUUGUUGCCGGUCGUGCAUUCUCCACAUCUUUGUCUAAUCCAGUAUUGAAUGGCAGGAGCAAUGGCACUUCCACUACUUCCUCUGAGGAGACCACAGGUCUAGAUCUCAUUGUUGAUGGGUUUUGAGGCAGAAUGUCGGACGCUCUGUAUAAAAUUCUCUCUGUAUGUGUUUCACCUAGUGCUGUCCCAUCUCCUACUGCUUACUUCUGACUCUUUCUGCAUACGAUUCCUCUCCAGGAAUUCCCUGCUUAUUUCAGGAUUGUGUCUACUAUUGGUUUAUCUUAAUAAAGUCAGAUGUAAA